AUGAGUCGGAGUGGUCGGCACCAUGACUUCAGUUCCCAGCGAGCCAUCUUGGACAGAAGGGUAUCGGAUAGCGACUACGACUACGAUACCAAAAAUCCUCACAGAGCCCAACCCAGCUCUCGGCGUGAGCCAAGUUACUUUGGUCCAAACUUCCAAAACUCGGAGAAGAAGCGUUCUUCGUCUUUGGCAGGUGGGGAUAUCAGGCAUCCUCCAAUGCCCGAUCCCUUUGUCAAGCGCCCAAACCCCUACCCGCAACGCGUGAAGGAAGAAUAUGAUGAGUAUAAGGCCCGAGGCGACGAAUACGACAGGGCUAAGGCUGCUGCCAGGGCCGCCAAUAAGGUGGCCAACGUAAAGCGAACCGAUGCUCUCUUCAGAGAGAAAGUACAAAUGGGCGUUGAAGCCAAUGCGAGCGCAAGAAUCACAGCUAAUACGUAA